AUAUUAUAAAUAUGUUAAUAAUACUAUUAUCAUUUAGUAAAAAUUAGAUUGAGUAGUUAAAUUGCUUCACUAAAUAUUAACCUCAUAAUAUUAAAUAAUGACUGAUAUAUUUGAUAAGCAAAAAAAAGAAAGCCUUAAUGGAAUAGACCAAAGUAAGAAAGGAAGCUUUGAUGAACCUAUUGAAGACCUUAUUAUUUACUUAAACUCCCUUUCAGAUUUUUUUACAACAAGUUCAUGCUCAGGUCGCACUAUUGUUUUUACACAAUCAGAAAAUAAGAAGAAAGGUUGUAAAUGGCUUGUCACUUCACAUGGAAAAAUAGAUGCUGUUGAUGUGAUUAACGCAGUUAAUGAAACAGAUGAAAAUGUUACAUUCAAGUUUGAAGCAUUUAUCCUACAUUUACAAUGCAGAAAUCUUGAGCAAGCUCAAAAUAUGUUAGCAAUCGCGCUAGCAUGUGGUUAUAGAAAUUCUGGUCUUGUAAUUGGCAAAAAGAAAAAAAUUAUGCUGGCUGUACGACAAAGUCAUGGUUUAGAAGUUCCACUUGUAUUUAAUGAUAAAGUCAAAGUUUCUAAUGAAUACAUUUAUCAACUUGUUCUUGCUGCAAAUAUAAAAAUGGAUGAGAAUUUUUUACGCAUUAAAAAGUUCUUUGAAAAUUUAAAAGAAGAAUUUGGUUAAAGUUACUACAACUUCAAAAGUAAGCAUGAAAAAUAUUUCGAGAUUGUUUAAUGGCAAAAGCUCUUGUUUGAUUUAAAGACUCGAUCAUUGCAAGGUAGCAAAGAGUGAAAGAUAUUAUUUGUUCAAUACAAGGUAGCAAGAAGGGAAUGAUAAUAUGGAGAUCAAAUAUUUGAAAUUGUAUUGAAAUAAACAAAAAAAUAAAUUACAAUUUAAUGUUUUAAAUCAGAAAUUUUUAUUAUUAGACAAUUUAUGAGAUUUUAUUUUUAAUUUUUGAAAUUUUUUUUGAUCAGUUUUUGUAAAUUAAGAUGUCUUUAAUAUGGUGUUUAAAAAAUUGAAAAUUUAAAAUUUGGCUGAAUUUAUUUUACAUACAUUAAAAAUCUUUGUAUUAUCAUUAUGUUAUUUUAAUCGAAUUGCCUACUAAUUUAUUAAACUUUUGAGUGUUUUACAAUUUGUUUCCAUAUAUUUAUAUCUAUCAACAUGUAAUAUUUUUACAACUGUUGAAUAUAAAGUCCAACAGUUGAUGAUACGGAACAAUAAUUUUGAACAAUUUACUGCUAUUUAAAUGACUUUAGGUCUUUUAACUUUAUUGUUAGAGAAAUUACAACAUAUUCAAAAUAAUGAGUCUAAUAAAUAAUUGAAACACAUGUAUGUAAAAUAAUGAGUCUAAUAAAUAAUUCAAACACA